AUGUCAAGCUCUCAACCUCCCAUCCCUGCUCCCCAGGAUUUGCAAGAAGAUGGGCUCACUCAAGAAUGCAGGGACUUACUCUCCUCCCUCCCUACAGAAGAAGGAUGGCUUUUUGAUGUCUAUCAAUACCAAGGUUUUUGGUUUCCGUCAAGGCAGAUACAAGCAGUGCUGGCCAGCCAACAGCGUUUCCAAGCUCAGGACACCGACAUCCUCCUUGUCACCACUCCCAAAUCAGGCACCACCUGGCUGAAAGCAAUAGUGUUCGCGUUCGUGAAUCGGGUCAAGUUUCCGGACAUGCAAGACCACCACCCCUUGCUCACAAGCAACCCUCAUGAACUCGUGCCCUUACUUUGA